CUCUCAUUGAAGCCCGGUGCUUCCUUAGCCUCUCAAGUUUCUUCCCUGCUUUCCUCUGCCACCUUUUUCAGUCGAUUGAUCGCAUGAUGCGUUCCAUCUACGCCGCUACGGUUUUAAUGUUGCUCAGCUCCGCCGUACUUGGCGCCCCUACGGCUUCGCUUGACCCGGCUGUUUUCCUUCAGAAUGGCCAGGAUGCGCAGACCCUCAAUGCGGAGUUUGCAAACUUGAAAGCUUCAGAUCGCUGUAAUGACGGAGAGCUUGCCUGUAUAAAUAAUUCGGUCGCUACAUGCUCCAAAUCCACUUGGCAACUAGUUCCUUGCAGCGGCACGUCGAACUCCUGCUUCGCCCUUCCUUCUACCACAGAAGAGGGAACUGUCCUCACUUGUACUACCAACAACACUGCCCUUUCUUUAAUUAGUGCUACGGGUGCCACCGGUGGCAUCGCCGUGAAGAGCACGAACACGACGAUCGACUUCCCAACGGAUUGUGACAGCGACGACAGCACCUCUAACUCUACGGAGUCAGCUUCUGCAUCGGCAAGCGCAGAGACCUCUCAGACUCACAAGCAUUCGCACGAGACGCACUCUGCGUCCAUCACCUCUGCGGCAUCGUCGGGCACCGCAGCUUCUACCGAUUCUACCGCAACUGGAGAGGUCACUAUAACAGUGACCGUCGUGCCGACCUCAACGUCGCCGUCUGAAACCUUCACACUCGACCCGUCUGCGGCUUCCAGUCUACUAUCGAGCCUUGCCACCGAUCCGAACGUGUCCAUCACGACCAUCUUCCCGUCUUCCGUGUCGAGCGCAGCGCCAUCGGCCAAGGUCACAAGCACUGCCAGGUCACAGUCAGUCGCUUCCUCAAGCAACGGUUCGACAGCCUCUAGCAAGGUUGUUGGCGUUACCUCUUCCUCUUCAGCGAGUUCUGCAUCCCUCCCCGUUAUCGUUCGCGCCAGUACAAUUACCCUAGCUCCGCUCAUCACGGCUAACGCUCGUGCUGUAUCUGCUUCGACGUCGGCAGCGGUGGACGGUGGAUACUACGGCGGAUAUCAAUGAGCCUUCGCUCAACGACGCUCUCAUUGACAACAAUAUCAUGGACUUCGUGUUCAAUAUAUUCCUAGAUCAUAGCAUGUAUCUCUACUUCACCGGUGUAGCAUAGAUAGACACUGCUUCGCACGUACUUUGAUCCCACCUUUCCGCCUUGCCAGUACGACAAAUGUGUACUGUAGGUUCAACUUGC